ACAGCGCGGCGCGCCUGCUCUUCACGGCGCCGGCCCGGAGCUCCAGAAGGGGCGGGCGCCGACCCGCCCCCUACCGCCGGGGCGGUGCUCCGUCCCCUCCGCCCCUCACUGCCUCCCCGUUCCCGCGGGAGACGCUCGCACCGGAGCCGCGGCCUUGGCCCGCUCCGCCACCCCUGGUCCCCGCCCCUGCUGCUGGUCACCGGAAGGGUUCCCCGUUCCCGCCGGUUCCACAGCCCUACGAUGCCGUCCAACAAAUCCGUUUCGGACGCGCCCAUCGUCCAGUUCACCAACUGCCGCAUCCUGAGGAGCCACCAGCUCCAGAGGGAGGACCUGUGGGUGCGAGAGGGGAAGAUCCUCAACCCAGAGAAACUCUUCUUUGAUGAGAAGGGCUCUGCUGACAUCCAGCUGGACUGCAAGGACAGCAUCAUCGCCCCGGGCUUCAUCGACGUCCAGAUCAAUGGAGGCUUUGGGGUGGACUUCUCCCUGGCUACAGAUGACUUCAAAUCAGGGAUUGACCUGGUCAGUCAGAAAAUCCUCUCCCAUGGAGUGACCUCUUUCUGUCCCACCUUGGUGACCUCUCCUCCAUCUGUGUACCACCAGGUUCUCCCUCAGAUCAGCAUAAGAAAUGGUGGAGCUCAUGGAGCAGGUAUCCUGGGGGCCCACCUGGAGGGACCAUUCAUCAGCAAGGAGAAGAAAGGGGCACACCCAGAGCACUGCCUCCGCACCUUCGAGGAAGGAGCCUUCCAGGACCUGCUGGCCACCUACGGGUCCCUGGAGCACGUCAGGAUAGUGACCCUGGCCCCAGAGAUGAAGAGGAGCAGUGAGGUCAUCCAGGAGCUCACCAAGCAGGGCAUCUGUGUCUCACUUGGCCACUCGGUGGCUAACCUCUGCCAGGCUGAGGAGGCUGUGCAGCACGGCGCCACCUUCAUCACUCACCUCUUCAACGCCAUGCUGCCGUUCCACCACCGUGACCCUGGGAUCGUGGGGCUGCUGACCAGCGACAGGAUCCCCGCGGGGCGGAGGGUCUUCUACGGCAUGAUCUCGGACGGCAUCCACACCAACCCUGCCGCCCUGCGCAUCGCCCACCGGGCACACCCCGACGGGCUGGUGCUGGUGACAGACGCAAUCGCUGGCAUGGGGCUGGCGCCGGGGCGGCACACGCUGGGGCAGCAGGUGGUGGAGAUCGAUGGGCUGAACACCUACAUUGCAGGCACAAAGACCCUGAGCGGCAGUGUGGCGACCAUGGACACCUGUGUGCGGCACUUCCAGGAGGCCACAGGGUGCUCAGUGGAGACCGCCUUGGAGGCAGCAUCUCUGCAUCCUGCCCAGCUCCUGGGGAUUGAGCACAAAAAGGGGACACUAAACUAUGACUCUGAUGCAGAUUUCCUAGUGCUGACCGACAGCCUGUGCGUGCAGGCCACGUACAUCGCGGGCGAGGAAGUCUGGAGGCAGGAGGCCUUGGGCAUGUGACACUGGGCUGUGCUGGUGCCACCGAGGCUCCCUGGCACUGUGGUUAGCAGCUUUGGUAACCACUCCACUUCUCUUUUUUGGGUUUGGUUGGUUGUUUUUUUUCCUUUUGAAUUCCUUCCUGCAACUCCUUUCAAGGAGCCUCAUACCAAAGAGCUGCGUUUCCCGGCGCUGCCGCCGGCUACAGCCGUGC